AUGAGCACAAAUUGCAGCAUAUUAGCGAACAUUUCCUCGCUGCCCCCUCAGGAGCUCCCACUCAGCCGUCCUCCGUGGCUCUCGAGCACCCUGGGGAGUGUGCUCAUCUUCACCAUCGUGGUGGACAUCCUGGGCAACCUGCUGGUUAUCUUCUCCGUCUACAGGAAUAAGAAGCUCAGAAACGCAGGGAAUAUAUUUGUGGUGAGCCUGGCAGUAGCAGACCUAGUAGUGGCAGUUUAUCCCUACCCACUGGUGCUGAUGUCGAUUUUCAACAACGGAUGGAACCUGGGCUUUGUACAUUGCCAAAUCAGUGGCUUUGUGAUGGGAUUAAGCGUCAUUGGGUCCAUAUUUAACAUCACUGGCAUUGCUAUAAACCGAUACUGUUACAUUUGUCAUAGCCUCAAAUAUGACAAGCUCUACAGUGACAAAAACUCCCUGUGCUAUGUCGUCCUAAUCUGGAUCCUGACUAUUGUCGCUAUAGUGCCGAACUUCUUCGUGGGCUCGCUGCAGUACGACCCCCGGGUGUACUCAUGCACGUUUGCACAGUCAGCCAGUUCGGCCUAUACAAUUGCCGUGGUCUUCUUCCACUUCAUCCUUCCCAUAUUGGUCGUCACCUUUUGUUACCUGAGGAUCUGGAUUCUGGUCAUCCAAGUACGAAGGCGAGUCAAGCCUGAGUUCCGAGCCAGGCUUACACCACAUACAGUGAGGAAUUUUGUCACAAUGUUUGUAGUAUUUGUGCUUUUUGCAAUCUGCUGGGCACCGCUCAACUUCAUCGGCCUGGCCGUUGCUGUGAACCCUGAACGGGUGGCGCCUCUGAUCCCGGAGUGGCUCUUUGUCUUCAGUUAUUUCAUGGCCUACUUUAACAGCUGCCUUAAUGCCAUCGUCUAUGGACUGCUCAAUCAGAACUUUAGACAAGAGUACAAAAAAAUCAUCAUCGCAUUUUGCACUGCGAGGAUGUUCUACCCAGACAGCUCUAAUGAUGCUGUAGACAGGAUAAAAAGCAAGCCGUCGGCUUUAAUGUCAAACAACAACCAAGUGAAAGUUGACUCCGUGUAA